UGAGCCGGGUGACACCGCAGGAUGGCGUGCAGCCGGGUGCCGGUAAGCCAAGCGGUACAUACACCCGCACACACUCUCUGUCUGGAAGGAUUGAUUUUAUUUUGGCGCCAAUCCUUCCCGGAACGUCCGCACAGCUGCCGUACCGAGCUACAGGCUACGACUUCACGAAGAUAGUUGGACGAGGACCAAUGGAAAGCCAGCCGCGCUUUGUGACCGCCUAUAGGAAGCUAGUAGUUUUCGAUGCGAACCAAUGGGAAAGCUGAGAUUUAGAAGAUGACGUUGGCUGCGCCGUCUCGCGCGGGAGUUUUCGUACCGGGAAGAAGCGGCGGGCCGGAGAUGAACGAGGGGGGCGAUAGCCGCCCUGUGUAACUAACUGGCGCCAUGGUUGGGGUACUCACCAUGUCCUCCCCGCUGGAAGAUUACACUAUCCAGCCAUGCAAGAAACAACGUAAGGCUGAAGAUCCUUCAAGUAAAACAAUCACUAAUUACUUUUCACCCUUGUCUAAAAAUGUUGAAAAGGUGCUAUCUUCUCCCAGAUCUAGCAACAUUGCGGAUUAUUUUAUAAAAAGCGCUCCAUUAGCUGACAAGGAGUGCUCACCUAGAGAUAAGAGAACCAGCCCUGAUCGUGGUACUAGAAACAACCAUACUCCUGCAACUCCCGUCACUGGUACCUCAAAGACCACCCGCAGGCUUACAAAACAAGCUAAAAGGACUCGAUUAAUAAAGAGACUAACUGAUUUAAAUCCAAACAGUGAAUCUGAUGUUGGUGUAAAUGAUGACCGUAAAAGUCCAGAAGCAGCAACGGUUUGUGGAAACACUGGGUUCAUGGGUAGUGAUACUGCUGCUUUACUGGCAGAGAUUUGUAACAAAGCAGGAAACCUAGAUGUUGACCUGCUUGAAUUGGAAAACCCCAUUGUGGUGACAAGAUCACAAAGAAAGAGGAAAAAAGACAGCGAGUCGGAGCCCUCAAUGCAACCAGUUGUGCCAGUUACUGAUCCACUGGAGUUGCAAACUUCAGUCGCACACUGUUCAUCAGAUAGCAAGAGCACAGUAAUAGAUUCAAGCCUUGAGGUGCAAGUUGAUAAUAAAUCCAGCAACCUUGGCAAUUUAACUAUAUCUUUUGAAGAUUUUUUGAAAAGCCAGGUGGAAAAAGAUCAAAGUAUGUCAGAGGCAUGUUCCAGAGUUGUGUCAGUGGACUGUUCAGAUUUAUGUAGUGGUAAUGAUGACAAUGAUUUGGAGUCUUCCCGGCAGCCCUCCCCUAAGAUGGUAACUGUACAAGCUCAAGUGCACUUAAGUCCUCCUCUACUAAAUUCUUAUUUGCCCAACACCACAAAGAUUGCUUCCAUCUUCCAGAAGAAAAAAGACUACGACGUGAAAAAGAAAGUCGACCCACGAGCUUUUGAAUGUGACCCUGUUGGCCCAUUGAUUCAGAAGAGAAAGUCCAAUGUGGUUGUACAAGAGGAGGACUUAGAAUUGGCAGUAAUUGAUGUUGAGUCAAUUCAACCCAUGAAACAAAACUGUAGCACAGCAGAAAGGCAGCAGUUUAUGAAAGCUUUCCGACAAGUGGGGGAGACUUCAAAAAACAGCGGAAAGAAGACAAUUGGUAGAAAAAAAGAUGUAAACAUAAUUACCAAGGAUGUGGAUGACGGUCACAAUAAACUGGAAUGUGAAAGAGAACUACUAGACAAUGAUGGAAAUAAUGGAGGGUGUAGCGCAAAAAAUCAAAGAUUAGAAAAUCCCAAGAAAUUAAAGAACAGGAUAAAGGGAGCUAAAGUAAAUGUAGAUUCACACAAAAAUAAUGACCCAUCCACUAGUGAGAGAGCUUAUUCACGUGACAAAACGGAGUUGCCAGUUGAAAGCGACUGUCCAGUUUUAAGGAGAAGUUUGAGGAAGCACAAAUCUGAUACUUUAACCAAAUCGCCAGAGAAGACUCGGUCAGAUGGUCCCUUAUUAAUGUCCACUCCAAAAAUGAAACCGCCUUGCAGAAAAAGUGACCUUUACAUGGCUGAAGUCUUAACUGUGCCUUCUGACACAGAUUCUCCAAUUAGAAUGAGAUUUACACGACUUAGUAGGAAAAGAGCUGGGAGACGGAAUAACUCUGUGUGUGAUGAAGUGUUUACACCUGGAUGUAAAAAGGUUUGUACCAGUUCAAAGAAGAUCAGCAAAGCUAAACAGAUUGUCCAGAAAGCAAAGGCAAUCCAGCAAAAUAUUGUCAAGACACCUCAUAGGAGGUCCGCUCGUCAACAGAAACGUGCGUCACAGUUUUCUUUGAAGGACCCUAUUAUUAUAGAUGAAACAAGUAAUUCUUGUAGCAGCCAACGUGAAGCGGAGAAGAACUCAUAUCUUAGGAGUUUAAAUGAUGUCUUGGGGAAGAAAAUGAGAGCGACGAAUAUUCCUUCAGGCCAAAGAAAAGAUCUUAAGAAAAAGAUGGACAAAUGUAGUGUUAUCAUGAUUGAUGAUGGCUCUGAGGUGUCUGAGAAUUCUCAGGAUGAUGAGCAGUUUAAAGCAAAACGAGAAUUUCUACAGAGCGGGUUACCAGAUUCUUUAAAGCGACACAUUGCGAAAAAUACUGCUCUGAGGGAAGCGUAUUUUUCCAAUUGUUCCUUCCAGACAGCCAUCCAUGUACAACAGAAAGAUGGUUGUUUUAUGUGGGAUUUGGGCUUCCCUCUCUGCCCUCUGUUGACUAAAGUCUCUGCGUUGUGCACGGAUGUUGCAGAUGUUACGAGGCUUACGAUUUCUAUUGGUGACUUCACCUGCUUAAACACUACAUCUGCAGUCAAGCAACAUACUGGCAUGGUGUCAAAGAGAUCAGAGUUCUCUGAAGUUAUCAAAGACUUUCUUUUAGAAGAGAUUCGGUCACAUAAUCCACCAUUUCCAGUUAAAAGAUUUUUUAAGCAAUUCCUCAAAAAACAGAGUGAUUAUCUUGCACUUCAAAGCACAAAUAAGUCAGUAGAAAUGCUUGAAAAAUGCCUGAGAGAGACUAGUGUCGGUAAUGAAGCCAGUGACUCUCCUGUUGAAGAUGCUAGCAACCGGACAAAGUGUAAAAAGAAGGAUUUUCCUGGGACAGAGAGUAAAAGACGAAAACCUGCCAAAGAUAAAGGAGACUUUCAUGAGGAGCAUGAUUUGCAACCACAGUGUGGAGAUGGAGAGCAUGCUCCAUCAACACGUACAACCAGGGGGCACCGUUCUAGAUCAUCUCGGAGGAAGGCUAAUGUUUCUCUCGAGCCUGAUGUUGUUAUUGAAGAAAAGAUUACAGUUGGAGAGAAUACAAUAUGGGAGGAUGUUUUGUGGACAGAAAAAUACCAGCCCCAGCAUUCUGAGGACUUGAUAGGAAAUUCUGCUGCCGUCAUGCGGUUGCACAGCUGGCUGAGGGAUUGGAAGCACAGGGCAGAAAAGGAGGAGAUAAGAAAUCAGAUUCAAAGCACAGGAAAAGACGAGAAUGAUACGUGGAACCUUGGUGACUUCCAUGACAGUGAGGAUAGUGAUGAAGAAUCUCUGUGUAACACUGUGCUCAUCACAGGGCCCCCUGGGGUGGGUAAAACGGCAGCUGUCUAUGCCUGUGCACAGGAGUUAGGAUUCAAGGUGUUUGAAGUAAACGCAUCUUGUCAGCGUAGUGGGCGGCAAAUCCUUGCUCAGCUUAAAGAAGCCACACAGUCUCACCAGGUGGAUCAGCAGGGCGUAAACAUACACAAACCUUGUUUCUUUACCAGCUACAGCACUGGCAAAUCUCCUAGGAAAUUACUCUCCCCAAAGCGUGUUGUCUCGUCUCCAAGGAAGCCUCCCUUAUCACCUAGAGGAUCUGGAUUAAAGAAAGGUCUUGCCCCCAAAUCUUUGGUAAACUUUUUCAAAGCUGCAACCAAGCAGACAGCUGACGACAAGAAACCGGAUAUAGCUAAAGAGAUUCAAAGUAAUUCUGCGAGGAAGUCACAUGAUGGCAAAUCCUCAAUAAUUCCACCUGUGGCAACAGAUAAAGGAACAGGGGCAGAUGAGUCUCAACGUAAAUCUGCUACAUCCCUCAUUCUCUUUGAAGAGGUUGAUGUAAUAUUUGAUGAUGAUUCUGGGUUUUUAAAUGCUAUAAAAAUGUUCAUGAGCACUACAAAGAGGCCAGUAAUUCUUACUACAAGUGAUCCUAUGUUUGGGAUGGUGUUUGAUGGAGCAUUUGAAGAGAUUACAUUUCAUACACCCUCUGUUGUGAAUGUUGCAAGCUAUCUCCAGGUACUUUGUCUAGCUGAAAACAUCAGGACUGACUUUAAGGAUUUUGUCACAUUUUUAACAGCAAAUAAAUGUGACAUAAGACAAAGUAUUCUGCAUCUGCAGUUUUGGGCUCGUAGUGGAGGGGAAGGUUUCAGAGAGAAGCAGCAGCUUACACCUGGUAAUCACAGGAAAUUGAUGUCUGCUACAGUGAAGGAUGUUGGGAAUUCUUGCAACAAUGUUAAAUCUGAGAUUGCGGUAAAAGACCUUCCAGGAACUCACUUUGGUUGUGCUGAAAACUUGAUGGGCCUGAAUAAUAUCAUUGCCCCGUCCAAAGGCUUAAUAUCCUUUGUAAAGGGUAAAAUCAUAGAGACUGAGGAGUGGGUCAGGAUCCUACAGCUGCUAGCAGAGUUUCAGAUGAGAAGAGUGGAUUUUAUAACCAGUAAUCUGGAGUUCCUUCUACCUUUACCACUACGUAUAGUGGAGCCACAAAUAAAUUACCCAUGUGAGAACCCUGACCUGACACCACACACUGACACAGGGUGUCCCAACAAGGAUGGAAAUGUAAAGGUGUCCGUACAGAUGAAGCACAAAAAGAAGCUGGUGCUUCUAAAUGACAGUGACCUGUUUGAAAGUGACGUAAACUCUCUUGAUGAUCUACUCUCUUUGGCCCCAGAGAAAACAAUUCCAAGUGAAGUUGAAGUUCAGAACAGUUCCUGUAUGGAUGAUGUGGUAAACAAACUUUCAGGAACACCUGUUGCAAAGAGGAAACUGUUGCCAGAAGACACUAAAUCUUCCCUCCUGGUGUAUCGCUGCCUCGAUUCGUUGGCAGAUUUUGCAGACAACAUGUCUUCUCUAGAUUGCGCUACAUGUUACACAACUGGCCAAGCUGAAAUUUGCAGUCGCAAAUGGACAGAAAGCAGAUUAAAACAUGGCCUUUGUGAUGGCCUUCGAACAGAAGCCAAUGACUUGUGGAGUACUCAGAGCUGCAGUGAAAUACAGGCACUCAUAGAAGCACUCUCCUUUCGGAAGUGUUCUACUGAACUUUCAAAAGCUUUGGACUCCUCUCUGGAAUUGUGCAAGCUGUCUGGAAAAGAUCCUACCGAAGAACUUACCCUACAUGUCUCUAAAGCUAGAGAAGAGGUGCACUUUGGGCAAACAGCCAGUAGUAGAAAUGUAUCGGAGAGCAGGUCAUCCGUUGUGAAAACAGUGUUAUCCAACAGAGCAUUUGUCAGCUUGGGGAACAGGCAAGAGAAUGUAACAGAAUAUCUUCCCACCCUCCGCACUAUUUGUCGAUUACAAAAGGCAAAAGAAGAAGGGAAGACUAAGCGAAGAUUUCUCCACUAUUUAGAGGGAAUUCAUCUUGAGUUACCAAAAACAACGCUGAACCGUCUGGCAGCUGACUUUCCGUAAUCUCCAACUGCAUUGUGUGUUGAAGUUGUGUGUUGUAUAGUGGAGGAAUCAUGUAUUUCUUUUUUGUCCUUUUUUUGUGACUAGGACUUGAACCUGAACCAUAUUGACUUUCCACUGGAGUAUUUUCCACUUCAUUUUAUUUAUCAAGUAAUGACUUUGUUCUUUCCAAGCAAUUUGCAGUUAAUUUAUUCAUGCCUGGAAAUGUAAUGUUUAAGUUCAGAAUCAAAUUAAAUAAGCAGCUACUUUUGGGAUAAAUUUUGUGUAAGAACAAAUAAAGCAAAUAUUAAGGCAGUUUACCAUGAGAAAUUAGCAGUUUUAGAGGAGUAAAUUAAGCCACUGCCAUAAUAUUGUGUAUUUCUACCCUAAAUGUGACCCUGAUCUGACUGCAGGCAUUUGGAUCCAACUUUGUAUGCGAAUAGCAGAAAUGGGGCCAUUGGGCAACAUAAAGUCCCAGCCUUUCGGUGGCUGUAUAAAUAUGGAAUUAUUUAAUUUGAUUUCCUAAUUUACAUCUCCUAUAUCCUGGGUUUUCCUCCUAAUAAGGUCUGUAAUAUAUUUAAUAGAAUGCACACAACAUUGUAUAGAUCUGUACAUCUGUUUUUACUGGUCCAGAGCUUUGACUGAGUUCUAAAGCUGACUUUUUAUAGAUUUUUUUUUUUUUUUUAUGCUAUUCUGGAAUAUUAAAGGAGGUUUUAA